AUGGCACGCAGCACGGUGACUCGCCCCGUUAUACGGGCCCCAGUGCCUGGUACUGCCGCCGAUGACCAGGAUAUGAGGCGGAUGCACAAACCGCAAGAACUGAAUCGUGUAUAUUCUGUGGUGACUCUUGUCGGUUACGCAGUGAUUGUCGGUUUGACAUGGCCUUUCUCGCUUGUUACAGGAACGCUUUCGUUGACGAAUGGUGGCCCUGCCGGAGCGAUCUGGGUGUUUCUGGGUGUCUGCUUUGGCAUGUUCAUGUGUGUGCUUUCCAUGGCUGAGAUGGCAUCUAUUGAACCCACAACUGGCGGUCAAUAUCACUGGGUGUCAGUCUUUGCGCCUCCCAAGUGGCAGAAACCUCUCAGUUACUUCGUUGGUUGGAUGUGUGCGUUGGGUUGGCAGAGUUAUGUGCCAGGAGCUUCCAAUGUUGGCGCUUCAGCAAUCCAAGGCUUUGCUGUUGUAGCCUCAGAUACAUAUGUCCCAGAGGCGUGGCAUAUUGCCCUUCUCACCAUCGUCAUCUGUACCUGCGCCAUUCUUUUCAACGUGUACUUGGCCAGACGGCUGCCUGGUAUCGAAGCUGCGGUGUUCACCAUCUACAUCUUGGCCUUUGUCGCGUUCCUCAUCAUCUUGCUGGCUAUGGGCUCGCGUUCCGGCCCAAGGUACAUGUUCACCCACUUUGAAGACAACGCCGGAUGGGGCAGUAUCGGUAGUGCCUGCUUCGUGGGAAUCAGUGGCCCUGUUAUCACCUUGAUAGGAUCUGACUCUGCGGUUCAUCUGGCGGAGGAAUUGAAGGAUGCAUCAAGACAGCUUCCCAAGGCUAUGUUGUCUACCGCUGGUGUCAACUAUCUGCUCGGUUUCCUGAUGCUGGUUGCAUUUAUCGCCGUCGUUGGAGAUGUCGAAUCUGUGCUUGCCACCCCUACUGGACAGCCGUACAUCCAGGUCAUCUGGAACGCCACUCAAUCUCGGACUGCGACUAUGGUCAUGGUGGCCUUCAUCAUCUUCUUUUACAUUUUCUGUGCCGUCAAUCAGAACACCACGUCUUCGCGCCAGCUGUACGCGUUCGCUCGUGAUGGAGGCUUGCCGUUUUCUGGUUGGAUCAGCUAUGUUUCUCCAGAGAGGUGUAUCCCCGUACACGCUGUCUUCCUGACCUGGUUCAUUGCAUGCGGACUUGCGCUUAUUCCUCUGGGAUCAACUGCCGCUUUCAUCAACAUUCAGACCAUUGGAAACUCUGGUCUUUUAGUCUCGUAUAUGAUCUGUAUCGCAUCCCGACUUUACCACCGCAAUGCCGUUGGUCCUUACGGCAGCCUUGCCAAGCCACCCUCUUUCUUCCUGGGUAAGACUCUGGGAAACGUCGUCAACUCGCUUGCCAUCCUUUUCCUUAUCUGCUUCUUGGUGUCUGGCAUGUUCCCAGUCUUCCCCAAUCCGACAGUCGAAACGAUGAACUGGAGUUCUAUGGCGUUGGGGUCAACGCUGAUCAUCGCUAUUGUCUCCUACGUAUGGCUCAGGAAGACUUAUCUUGGGGCUGGCGUUGGUGGCUCUGUCGAACUAGUAGACAUGGAGGCUGAUGGCAAGAUCUUUGGUCGACGAGGUUAA